AUGUUUCAACAACAUGCUUAUAUUGAGAAUGUGUCACUGAGACUGUCAGAGGUUCUUGCUGAUAUUGGCGUGAAUGAGAGGAUUAUCCUCAAAAAAAGGAGAACAUGGCUUCUGGCGGAAUCUAUGGGAUCUAUACAUACAAGAUCAACACAACUACGGAAUGUGAAUUGUUCAGUAUACUUCUUAGGCAGUCAGUCCGAGGGUUCCACUACACUGGGGCUAGAUUCAGACAUUGAUUGUCUUUUAUGUUAUAAUAAAAUUAAUGUGAUACAAGACUGGGCUGAUUGGGAACCUGGUGUACGCAAUCACUUGAUUAUCCAGGAUGACACUCUAUCACCUGGUUAUUGUCUACUACAAACCCUGUGUGUUGAUGUUCCUCUUCCUUACAAUAAUGUACCUAAUCCAUAUCUUUUCAGAAACAGCAUGGGAAAAAUAUUAAUGAAGAAUUCUUUCAUGUCAGUACUGACAGCUCCUAUCACUGAGGGAGGUAUAAGACAUGGUCCAGCAUUAGCAUGGCAAGGACAACCUGGGGUUUAUGCUCAUGAUAUUGUUUUUGCCUUCCACUGUAAAUCAUGGCCUCUACAAGCCAGACAAUGGCUAUUUCAGCAAGGUGUUGGUCAGUGGCCUUCAGAUCACAUGAAGAGAUAUUGUAGCAAUACUGGAUGUUUUGUUGUUGGAGUUGGAAACAAGAGCAGUGACCAUGAAGAAGUCGAAUGGAGAAUAUCAACAUCUCUAGCUGAAAGGUGUUUAAUGUUUAAUCUCAGUAUUACACAGAUUCGCUGUUACAUCUUGAUGAAGAUGAUAUUAAAAACCUUCAUCAAGCCACACUUUGAAGACACCAUUUCAAGUUAUAUGUGUAAAACAGUUCUGUUCCGCUGUAUUGCAAAUACAGAGUCUAAUGUCUGGAGAGAAAAUAACUUACUUGCUUGUCUAUCAUUGUGUAUAUUUACCCUGUACAACAAUACUUUUAAUGAAAACUGUCCUCAUUUUAUCAUACCUGGAAACAAUCUGAUGAGAGGACAUAUUUCUCGUGAAACUAAACCUUACAUUCUUGAAAUACUGCUGGUUAUUAUAAACAGUGGAGGGAGAGCAUUACUGGGUAUUGAGUGUGAUGCUCUUGGUGACAGGAUUCAGAUGAAGAUGAGUUAUUUUCUCUCAGUCAAAAUAAGUGACAUCAUUUCUGGACACUUAUUACUUACAACUGUAAAAAAUGCUUUACAUAUCGUCCAAAAGGAACUUUGUAUUUUAACAAGAAACAGAGGCUAUGAAGAAGCUAUACGUCAACUACUGAGGGAUAUUAUAAAACUAGUUAUUAUUUCUAAUCAAUGCCAAGGAUUGGACAAAACAGCUUGCAGCCUUAUGACUCCAUGGUUCUGUACAACCCUGGGAUCUAUCCUGGCAUCCCAGAGCAUACAUCAGUGCAAUGCUAUAUCAGCAGACGCUCUCACCUGGAUCUCACUGGGUCUGAACACAGAUGUUGCAUCUAGUAAACUGAAGCUAGCAUCCAUGUUGUACUGUUUAGGGGAUACUCAAAGAACAGAAAUUAUUCUCAGAGAUAUCGAAGCAAACUAUGACUUAAACAAUGUUGAGCCAGCUUGUGUAUGCUAUGGUUUCAUCUGUCAACCUUACAGAAGAGGCUUCAAUGAAAUCUGUGACAAUCAUAACGAAGAAGCUGUACAGUAUACUGCAGCAUCCUGUGUGAGAUUUCUGCAAUGUGAAAUUAAUUGUGUUCCACAUGAACUGAGAUAUGAAGUGUUCAGAUCUACACAAGAGGACCUCGCUUUCAGAGGUACAAACGAUGACUGGAUGGACUUGGCCGUGACAGAUUCUCUUCCUUACCUCUACUUUCUACAAUACAAGACCUACACCAACCUUGGGAGACAUGAAGAUAAGCAUAGAGCUCUUUCUAAUCUUAUGAGAACGAUUGACCAGGAACCAAACCUUGCACACAGGGAAACAGCCCUGAAUAUACUGGGACAGUGUAUGGAACAAGAGGACCAAGCUAGAGAUGCUUUACGCUGUUAUUCAUUAUCCCUAAAUGUAAGGGAGAGAAACAAUGCUGCCAACAUACAUAUUUGUAGACUUUUAUCAAAUAUCAUAUGUAACCACUACCUGGAUGGAAAAAUGUUCCGGUUCACUGUUGGUUACCAGCUGACCGACUGGCAGAAGUUGGAGAAAGAAAUUGUCACCGGAUGCACAGUUUCCGUGGUACUCUUCAUCAUGGGGAUGAAUCUACCGAUCUACGCUGCCCAACGAAAUACUCAUGGACCGAAGACAGAAUCAUAG